AUGUCGUCGUCGGUCCAAACCACAAUCGCACCAUACGAUCAGAGUGUCGUCUGCGAAAAGCAGCUGCUCUCCGAGGCACAGCUCGACAAGGCGAUCCAGGAAGCCGCCAUCGCGCAAAAGUCGUGGGCAAAGGUUCCAGUAGAGGACCGCGUGGCCAUCGUCACCAAAUGGAUGGGCAUCCUCGAUUCCGAAAAGGAGGAGCUGGGCAAGGAGCUGUCGGUGCAGAUGGGUCGGCCUGCUGGGCAGUGUGCCGGAGAGAUUAAGGGUGCGCUUCAACGUUGUCGCUACCUGUGCAAGGUGGCCAAGGACUGCCUGGCCGACCAGCCACGAACGGAUACCGAGACGCCCAACCUCAAGCUCGCGAUUCGAAGGGAUCCGUUCGGUGUGGUGGCCAUCGUGACACCGUGGAACUAUCCGUACCUCACUACCGUCAACGGCCUCAUCACUGCUCUGCUCGCCGGCAACGCCGUGGUGCUCAAGCCAUCUCCUCAGACGCCUCUCACCGCCGAGAGUUUCCAGCGCACGCUCGAAACGUCCGGUCUGCCAAAGGGACUUCUGCAGAUCGCCCAUCUCGACUUUGAGACCACCGCCAAACUCGCUGCAGAUGCGCGUAUCGGAUUUCUCAUCUUCACCGGCUCGGUCGCAGGCGGCAAGGCGCUGGCAAAGGCAGCUGCGGAUGGUCCUGGAUUCAAGGGCGUCGGGCUCGAGCUGGGUGGCAAGGACCCAGCGUACGUGCGUCAGGAUGCAGACAUCAAGUGGGCAGCCGAAGAGCUGGUGGACGGGGCCAUGUUCAACUCGGGUCAAUCGUGCUGUUCGGUGGAGCGCAUCUACGUGCACGCUUCGGUGUUUGACGAAUUCGUCAAAGAGUUUGUCGCUGUUGCUAAAGGAUACAAGUUGGGCGACCCCAGUCAGCCAGGUACAUCGCUCGGGCCUGUGGUCAGCCUGGCAUCCGCCGAACGUAUCCGUAAGCAGAUCGACGAUGCGCUCAGCAAGGGAGCCAAGAACGUGAUCCCCGACGAUCUGUUCCCCGAAGCCAAAGCAGGCACUGCGCUGGUGGCACCCACAGUGCUGGUCAACGUCGACCACUCGAUGGACAUCAUGACCGAAGAAACGUUCGGACCCGCCAUCGGAAUCCAGAAGGUGGAAUCGGACGACGAAGCGCUACAGCUCAUGAACGACUCGCACUACGGUCUCACCGCUUCCAUCUGGACCGACAUUGAGAACGCCGAUUCUGCUGCUGCAUUCGAUAAGCUGGCUACCGAGCUCGAGACGGGUACGGUGUACCUCAACCGCGCCGACGUGCUCGACCCGGCUCUGCCCUGGACGGGUGUCAAGGACAGCGGUCGCGGCGUCAGCCUGAGCACCUUGGGCUUCGACCAGCUCACCCAGCCCAAGUCGAUUCACAUGCGUUUGCGAAAGGCUUGA